AUGUUUAAUUAUGUUUCAUUAAUUAAACCUAUCUUAUUCACUACUACUACUACUACUACUACUACUACUACUACUACUACUACUACUACUACUACUACUACUACUACUACUACUACUACUACUACUACUACUACUACUACUACUACUACUACUACUACUACUACUACUACUACUACUACUACUACUACUACUACUACUACUACUACUACUACUACUACUACUACUACUACUACUACUACUACUACUACUACUACUACUACUACUACUACUACUACUACUACUACUACUACUACUACUACUACUACUACUACUACUACUACUACUACUACUACUACUACUACUACUACUACUACUACUACUACUACUACUACUACUACUACUACUACUACUACUACUACUACUACUACUACUACUACUACUACUACUACUACUACUACUACUACUACUACUACUACUACUACUACUACUACUACUACUACUACUACUACUACUACUACUACUACUACUACUACUACUACUACUACUACUACUACUACUACUACUACUACUACUACUACUACUACUACUACUACUACUACUACUACUACUACUACUACUACUACUACUACUACUACUACUACUACUACUACUACUACUACUACUACUACUACUACUACUACUACUACUACUACUACUACUACUACUACUACUACUACUACUACUACUACUACUACUACUACUACUACUACUACUACUACUACUACUACUACUACUACUACUACUACUACUACUACUACUACUACUACUACUACUACUACUACUACUACUACUACUACUACUACUACUACUACUACUACUACUACUACUACUACUACUACUACUACUACUACUACUACUACUACUACUACUACUACUACUACUACUACUACUACUACUACUACUACUACUACUACUACUACUACUACUACUACUACUACUACUACUACUACUACUACUACUACUACUACUACUACUACUACUACUACUACUACUACUACUACUACUACUACUACUACUACUACUACUACUACUACUACUACUACUACUACUACUACUACUACUACUACUACUACUACUACUACUACUACUACUACUACUACUACUACUACUACUACUACUACUACUACUACUACUACUACUACUACUACUACUACUACUACUACUACUACUACUACUACUACUACUACUACUACUACUACUACUACUACUACUACUACUACUACUACUACUACUACUACUACUACUACUACUACUACUACUACUACUACUACUACUACUACUACUACUACUACUACUACUACUACUACUACUACUACUACUACUACUACUACUACUACUACUACUACUACUACUACUACUACUACUACUACUACUACUACUACUACUACUACUACUACUACUACUACUACUACUACUACUACUACUACUACUACUACUACUACUACUACUACUACUACUACUACUACUACUACUACUACUACUACUACUACUACUACUACUACUACUACUACUACUACUACUACUACUACUACUACUACUACUACUACUACUACUACUACUACUACUACUACUACUACUACUACUACUACUACUACUACUACUACUACUACUACUACUACUACUACUACUACUACUACUACUACUACUACUACUACUACUACUACUACUACUACUACUACUACUACUACUACUACUACUACUACUACUACUACUACUACUACUACUACUACUACUACUACUACUACUACUACUACUACUACUACUACUACUACUACUACUACUACUACUACUACUACUACUACUACUACUACUACUACUACUACUACUACUACUACUACUACUACUACUACUACUACUACUACUACUACUACUACUACUACUACUACUACUACUACUACUACUACUACUACUACUACUACUACUACUACUACUACUACUACUACUACUACUACUACUACUACUACUACUACUACUACUACUACUACUACUACUACUACUACUACUACUACUACUACUACUACUACUACUACUACUACUACUACUACUACUACUACUACUACUACUACUACUACUACUACUACUACUACUACUACUACUACUACUACUACUACUACUACUACUACUACUACUACUACUACUACUACUACUACUACUACUACUACUACUACUACUACUACUACUACUACUACUACUACUACUACUACUACUACUACUACUACUACUACUACUACUACUACUACUACUACUACUACUACUACUACUGCUAUUAUCAUAAUUUCGAUACAAUAUUAGAACUCUCAACAUAAAGUGUUUCAGCGAGUUUUCGUUUCUUAUUUCUUGAUCGAACCUAAGCGCUCGCCAGUUAGUUGUUAGCAGUCCAAUCAAUCGACAUCUGAUUAAUGUAUAUUUUCUUUUCGAUGCAUAUUGCCAGUCAUCACGAUAUCUCUGAUUGGGCUCUUCUGUACAGCGAUCUGUCGUAAACGUUUCAUAAACACACCUGAAUAGGUUAUGCAAUUAAUUACCAUAAUAAUCUGUUGAAACAAACAAAAAAACAGACAAUUUGUUGAAAUAUCUAGAUGACAGAAACAG